AUGACGUCAUACAACUACUCGUACAUCUUCAAGUAUAUCAUCAUUGGUGAUAUGGGCGUGGAGAAGAAGUUCAUGAACGACUGCCCGCACACGAUUGGCGUUGAGUUUGGCACUCGUAUUAUUGAGGUGGGGUCACAAAAGAUCAAGCUUCAAAUUUGGGACACGGGUAGGUGA